AUGGACGAGGAAGAUGAUAUUUUUGGGUCGGAUUUGGAGGAUGAAGAGAAGAAAAAGGAGCCAAUGCGCGAGGAGGACAAGAAAUUUUUAUUUCGACGCGAAUUGAGGACAAUGCUCUACGGAUUUGGAGAUGAAAAAGUACCAUUCGAUAAGACGCUCGAGACUUUGGAAGCUAUUGUCAUCGAUUACAUAAAGGAACUAUGCGCAAAGGCGAUGUCUGUUGGGAAGCCGGAGCGAAUCAACCUUGAAGACAUUCACUAUCUAAUUCGACGGGAUCAAAAGAAGUCAUCGCGUGUCAAGGAUCUUCUCUCGAUGAGCGAAGAGCUGAAGAAGGCAAGACGACAUUUUGAGCAGACAAAGAUGAAUUUG